AUGUCGGAGGACGCCGAUGAUGUCGCUCCCAAGCAGCCGCCCCCAUCCUCGACGACAGCUCCUCGAAAGAAACGCAAGAGAAAGGCCACAGGCGGUGGAGCAGCCGAUGACUGUUUUACGUGUUCCAGCGCCGGCCUGAGCUGUGACCGCCGUCGUCCGUAUUGCAGCCAGUGUCUCGAUCAUGGCAGAGAUUGCGCCGGUUACAAGACUACCUUGACAUGGGGCGUGGGAGUCGCAAGUCGAGGGAAAUUCCGUGGGCUGUCACUCCCAGUAUCGGAUGGCAUUCAGCCGACGUCACCCCCAUCACCCGGAACGAAGCAGCGCAAGCAGAGUACCGUUUCGAGCAAUCCCGUCGCCAGUGCUUUGCCUACAGCUCAGCAGCCCCGGAGAAAGUCUUCUACAAAUUUCCCUGUCACCGUCACCGCGGAGCGCCACGCACCCCAUCCAUCCGCCGCCAGUCCAUUGAAAGGACCACAGCACCCGUCGAAUUGGCAGCACCCGGCACCUCCCUUCGCAACAGCGACUACUGUCUCCGAAUUGAUCUUUCCCGAGAGUCAUAAUCAUGCGGCUGAUGGAUCCCUGGGUGCGCUACAAUAUCCAACUGAUGGGUCACUAUAUACCUCCAAUGCACCACUAGUACCGCCGCGGACAUCUACAGCAGCAACACGGGCAUGGGCAGUUCCUUCUACUGCAGCUUCAACUUACCCUGUGGUCAGCCGACACAAUGCAGACUACCAUGGCCGCAUUCAACGCCCUCAAACCGGAUUCUAUGUAUGGCCACAGCCGAUUACAGGUAAACGGCGCGCAUCGUCAAUUGAAGACGACGAUAUAGAGCAACAAGAGUAUGUUAUCUCGCCGGUCUACUCGGACCCAGUAUAUAUGGAUCAAUUUCCAGUCUUUGCGUAUCAGCCGACUCAAGAUCCGUGGAAGUUUGCGGCGAGUCCAUUUGCAAACUCCUUGCCAGACUUACUACUGGAACAAUCAGUUGGACGCACCCCUCGUAUGCGAUAUUUGAUCAGCUAUUUCGCGGAAGUCAUCGCUCCAGUGAUAGUCGCCUUUGACCGGCCUAGCAAUCCAUAUCGGACGCGAAUUUUACAGUUGGCACACCAUAGUGAGACCUUACAACACGCCAUCGCAGCUUUAGCGGCGAGCAAUAUACGUCAAAGGCGGGAAGAAAAGAUAUUAUCUACCGAACGCACGGAACAGGCCCGGAAGUCAUCCAUGGCACAUCGAGCUCUGACUGAUGUCUCGUUUCAGGAACGGCACGGGAUCCAAGACCUCGGAGGGGAUAACCGCGAAGAAGUUUACCAUAAAUCUUUGGCGGUCAAGUCGCUAAAUGCGUUGCUUGCAGAUCCUGACAAACGGCAUCACGAUUCAGUAUUAGCAUCCCUACUGGUUCUUUGUUUGUUCCACAUUUGUGAGACUGGUGUUGCUCAAUUCCAAACACAGUUUGCAGGUGUUAGGAAGCUUCUAGCUAUGAGACAUCGCCUGAACAUUCCCGAAUCAGAGGAGGCGAGAUGGUGUACGAGGAUGUUCACCUGGUUCGACGCCAUGACUGCUACCAUCAACAAUCGGGAAGGUCAACUGCAAGGCUUAUAUCUGGAUAUGACCUGUGCGUCUGAUGAAGAGUGGGCUAUGGAGAAUCUAGCAGGCUGUGACGGUCGGCUAUUCAAAGUAAUGGCCCGACUAGGACGUUUAAAUUUGCUGAGUCAAAACCAGCAUGUUGAUCCUUCGUAUAACAUUGACAUGCCUGCAGCGAUGCCCGUUGUUCCUCCUGCACUAUCUCAUUUUACCCCGAACGGAAUGAACGCAGCUUACGCAGCGACACUCUAUGCCCACCCGCAAUCGGCGCAAUGGGGCAAUCCCGAAUUCUGGGCUGAAUGGCAUUCGAUACGGCAGCAACUGGAGAGCUGGCGACUCGAUCCAACACAAUUUGCGGGCGCACUCGACAUUAACCAGCUCACUCAAUCACCUUCCAAUUCCUGUGGUUCUCUUUCAGCGACUUCUGGGCCCACUAUAAUGUCUUCGCCGACAACUCCGAACUCGAGUGUAACAGUCGCACCGAGUAAUCUUGCUGAUCUAUCCAACAUCUCCGAAGCAUUCCGAUAUGCUGCGUUGUUAUACACUGAACGUCUUGCGCAUCCAGGCAUUCCAUCCACACACCCACGCAUUCAAACGUUUGUUCUCACCGCGAUGCAUUACAUUGCUGCAGUCCAAUCGGAUGUAUAUUUAUUAUGGCCAUUAUUCAUCACAGGCUCAGAAUGCGUGUACGAAGAACACCGCACUGCAAUCCGCAAUCGUUGCAGGGAUAUCCAGAACGACUCUGGUUUCUACAACAAUAUAUCCUGCCUUGAACUGUUGGAAAAGAUCUGGGCUCAAAAUCCGCCUGUGGCAAGUCAGCAACAGCAACAUCUUUCUGUACCAUAUCAAAGUCAUCAAAAUCUUUACCCGAGCCAUGGUUACUCGGGGACCCCUGUAUCGAAUAUUCGUGCUCAAACGCUUGCACCCAACACCAUGCCACAAGAUGGUGCUGGGUUCAGAUGGCGCAGUAUCAUUGAAGGGGAGGGGGUUGAUGGGGAGUACAUGUUCGUUAAGGACUUGGUUGUAGCUGAUGUGUUGUUUGAAGAUGAGGCCUUGGGGUGUGCUCGUUGUUCCUCCACUUUCGUCUUUUUGGGUUGUAGUAGGACCCGCGAUUUCGAUGUGAAAGAGUCUGUUACCCGUCGCAGGAUCGCAGGCUUGGUAGAGGGUUUCGUAGGGACUUGUGAAGUCGAUGAGGUCGUUUUGGUCGAAGGAGAGGAUGAUGGCGCGGAGGGUUUGAAGGGCGUUGAGAACAAUGAAGAUGUCUGUUACAAGGAAAUUUUAUAA